UGUCACUGUCAGUGUCAGCAUUCAGCAUAAAAGAAUUUUGUUUUUGAAAAGCUUGCGCAAUGUGAUUAAUUGAUGAACAAAAAGAUUAUUAAAUUCGUGUUUAAAACCGCUGUGUGGAAAAAGUAUAGCUUUUUUGUUUUCGAUUAUGCAAAAUAAAAGUUGAUUGAUGUUAUGUGACCCAGGAUUAUUUUAAUGAUUGUGUAUUAUAUUUUUGUUACAAAAAUAUUACUUUAUUUAAAAGGAAAUAUGUCGGGACAUCAAAGCGGUGCAAGUACACCUUGUAGGGUGGCUAAGACACCGCCAAAUUCUUGUAAACAAGGGCCUUUGAAAGCUACUAUACCCAUGAGUGGAGUUGUUAAACAAUCAAGUUCUGUAAGAAGUGUUAGUGGAAAGAGCCCCACAAUGGGUCCUCCUAUUUCACCAUCAUUUUCGUGGAGAAGCAGAACAUCUCCUGAACAAGUAUCAGGUCAAAGAAGUCCUGGUUCAUCAAGUUAUAAAGGAAAAUCAAAAUUUAACGGAAGAUCAACAGAAGUAAUACGUCGAACAGCAUCUUUAGAUACCAUUUACUUGAAAGGCCACUGGCCUAAGGACACAUUUUAUUGGGGUCACAUGGGUACUUUGCAAGUGGAUAAGGCUACGCAGACAGAUGAAGUCGAACAUGAAUCUAGAAAAAUUCAUUGUAUAUCUGAAAGUGAAGAUAAAUUAGAAAAAUUUGGUUUACGUCCAAAAAUUAGGGGAAAUAAGGAGCCAGGUAGUAGACAUGUUUCACCUGGGGAUCACACAUCAGAUACUAGUUCUCAAACUUUGGCUUCUUGUAUGAUUUCACCAACAAUUAAAAUAAACCCUGUAAAUAUUUGUGUGAAGCCCUUACCCAAGGCAUCAAUGCGUAGUUCUGUUGAAGGGCUCAAUCAAGAAAUAGAAAGGAUAGUAUUAAGAACUGGAUCAGAAGGCUGUUCAAAUGACAUAUACGAACCUAGACAAGCAACUCCUGAGGGUCACAGAGCUCCUUUAGCCGAAUUACUAAAAUAUAAUAGAUCUCGCUCAGUAAAUACUCAAACUCCCCAGGACUUCAGUCAUUCUUCAGGUGAAAGUCAUGGCUCCAGUCCUGAUAAUGAAACUUGUAAACUUGGCACUUCACCGCACAUCAAUAAAUUUUUGGCACGUGAACCCCCAGAUGGCUGUGAAAAGGUUAGACUUAAAUCUCUCGAUGAUAGAACGAACGUUCUCUUAGAACAUGCUCCACCACCAAGCACAUUUAAACUAAAACCCAGUUUAGGAUCAGCUUUUAAAAUUCUACAGCCUAAGCUAAGCCCUAACGAAGAACAAAUUGAACUUACCAAUCCUCAAGAUAAAUCUUCAAACAAGUAAAAUCGUUUAAAUUUUAGUUUGAAAUUUUCAGUAUUACUAAUGAAAUCAAUUUCAUUAUGAUUUUCUUUAAAGCUAGUGAUAUUGUUAAAUAUAAUGCACAAUUUUAGUUAAUUUAAAGUUUGUAAUUAAUUAUGAAAUAUGCAUAUUUUUAAAGCACUGUUUAUAUUAUAGUAAAUAUUUAUAUCAUUUUUAAUACUGAAAUUUCAUUAAAUUAUGUGUAUUGUUCUGUAUUAUGUGUAAAUACAACAGAUGGAUUAAAAAGUUACUUUGUAAUAUAUUUUUAAAGAGAAGAAUUUAGGUUUUUGGGGAAAAACUAAUAGCAUAAUAGCUGUUUUAAGUACCUACCUAAUUUUAAAGUGAAAACGACAAAAUUUUAUUUACAUAAUAAUAAUUGCUAUCCCUUAACAUAGAUGGUAGAAAUAAAUAAGAUAAUAAAUUUGGAUUUAGAAAAGACUAAAAUAAAAACUUGUACUGAAUACUGCUGUGUGAAACACAGAUAUGUAAUAUGGCUGACUGAUAAAAAAUUUGGAAUAGGUUGUGGUUACAACUUCUUAGUUCAAAAAUGUGCCUUUUGAUAGUUAUAAUCAUGUAUUUUAGUAUAAAAGAGAUAUUCGUUUUUCUAAUUUAAUUGAAAAUGAAAACCUUUUGGCGAGUUAUUUUCUUUAUACAUUUCCCUGGAAAGAAACGCGGUAUUGUCAAUAUCAAAAAUACAAAUGUAGAAAAUUAUGUUCAACAAAAAAAGGUAACAGGGUGAUAAAUGUGAUGUUAAUGAUGAAAUAAGCCAAAAGCCAAACUUGGAAAACAGGGUGUAUUUUUAAAAUAAAUGAAUAUUUCCAUAAGAUAAAAAUGUGUUCAUGAAAAAUUGUAAGAAAAGACUUGACUAAGUAUACAAAAUUAAUUUUUGAAUAAAACUGGGUAAAAAUUAUUGCAAAGUAACUUGUCAGUCACACAGGGUUAGGAAUAGCAAAUUAUUUUUAAAAUUGUUUAUUACCUAAAAAUAUUUCUCUUACCGACCCUAUGUGGAAUGAAUAUACAUGUAAAUAUUGACUAAAAGUUAAAUAUUUAGAUUAUUUGUGUAUGUUUUCCAUAGAGAAUCUGUUGACAUUCCCCUUUCAAUAUUUUUUGAAUAUUUGUGAUUUUCUUGUGAGAGGGACUGCAAAAAAGCUGUGAUUUUUUGUAAGAUGAGUAAUGAUUUUUGAUUGAAAAUAAUUAUUUUAAAAUCUUUGAUUUUCAAAAUUUUCCAAAGGAACGGACAAUGUCUAUAAUAAUUUUUAAGUAUUUACUAGAGUAACCUGUGUAGUUUUUGUAUUAUUGUAAUUAUUGAGGUAGAGAAUUUUAAUAAUUUGCAUUGUUACAUUUUUGUAAACUAUUUUUUGAAAUAUUUCUGUAUGUUAAAAAACAUAUCCAAUAAAAGGUGAGACUGA